UUCAAAGGUUUUUGUUGUUCUUCAUUUUAGGAAUCACAAUCGUCAGGUGUGGGUAUCAAUGGAAGGAAAAGAAACUGAGGGAAUGUUGAAGAUGACGACAGAUAAGAGACAACAGAAGCGAAGCAGAAGUGACAGAGAAGAGGAAAGGGACAGGCUGAGUGAGUUGCCUGACUGUGUUGUGCUCCACAUAAUGGAAUUUAUGGACACAAAAUAUGCUGUACAAACUUGUGUCUUGUCUAAAAGAUGGAAGGACCUUUGGAAGCGUCUAACUUAUCUUGGAUUCAAUACAACCCUCUUUAACAAUGUUGUCAAAUUCAACAAAUUUGUGUCUCGCGUUCUGUCUGGCCGAGAUGGUUCAGUUUCCCUGCUAAAUCUUGAAUUCACGCGUCGCGGUAUGGCAGAGCCCAAGCUCUUCAAUAGGCUUAUGAAAUAUGCUGUGCUGCACAAUGUUCAGCAGUUUACAGUAUCUCUAAAUUUAAGCUUCAGACAGAGUUUCGAGUUUCGCCCCUACAUCUUUUCCUGUGAGUCCUUGACAUUUCUGAAGCUUUCAUUUAAUUCUUUUGACACCUCGAUUGUAGCACUUCCAGGAUCUCUGAACAUGCCAGCAUUAAAAAGCUUGCAACUUGAGGCUGUCUCUUUUACUGCAAGGGACAAUGACUAUGCUGAGCCGUUUUCUACCUGUAAUGUGCUGAAUACUUUGAUACUUGAUGGUUGUUCGUUGCAUAAAGAUGCAAAAUUCCUCUCUAUAUCAAAUUCUAGCCUCUCUAGUUUGACCAUAAGUGGUAGUUUUGAAGGAGGAGCUUACAAAAUUGUGCUUUCUACUCCAAACCUUAGUUCUCUCACAGUCACGGGUCAUAAUAAUCACACAAUCUCCUCCGCAUGCAAUCUUUCUUUCCUUGAAGAAGUAACCAUUGACACCCUUGGUUAUACACUUUUUCCGAAUACAGACUUACUCAUCAUAAGCUGGCUGCAAGUUCUCACCAAUGUAAAGAUACUGAGGCUCUAUUCGGGUACCCUUCUGACAAUACUACGGGAUAUAUCAAAUCCUGCUUCGGUGAGUACUCAGCCUCCCUGCUGUGUUCAAUUGAAGUCAUUGAUUUUGGAGAACCAACCAUCUGCAGAUAUAUCUUUUGAGCAACUAAAGAGGGCAGUGGAGUACCUACUUCAAAACUCUCCACAACGUAGAAUUGAUUAAAUCUUCGGGUAGAGUUUUUUCCAUAUUAUUCAGUUUUACUUAUUUUAUGCUUCUGUUUUUUCCAUGAUACAGUGAGACUCUCUUCC